AUGCCGAAAACCGCUUCGUGUUGUUGCCCACAUCACAAGACGUGGGGACAUUCAGACGAGGUAGAGCUUAGGGUCGCCACGGACUUUGAGGUGAAGAUUUGUCAAAUAGAUAAAGAUGGUCGGCACAAAGGUCGCAAGAAAAGGAUCUGCACGUCUUGUAGAAGCCGUAUCCAGUUGGAAGAGAAAUGUGAUAAGUUGCAGGUAAGAUUUUUUUUGCAUGUUGGUUAUGUGUGAUAAGGGAACGCCUACUGGUCUGCCAGAUUGCUUUUUUUGUUCUAAUACUGUAUUGUCUUGUGGAUUUUCACUUUCAUUCGAGUUAAUCGGGAGCGGCUGUUACAUGUUGUUUACCUCAAGGUUUGUCGUCAUUACUAGGUAAAUGUUAUUUGGCGAGACUGUUCAAAAUUUCAAUAAUUUGAUGUCAACAAUGCCGAAUGUGAACGUAAACUACAAGUUCAUAAUAUUCUUUCUAUUGGUUUAUCAAAACCAGAAAACUGUCUCUGAUGCCUUGGAAGGAGGGAACACUAAACACAGCAAUAUUGACGAUUCCUUGAGAGCACUCCAUGAUGCAUCAACCCAAACUGAUCACAGCAUCUAUGCAGUCUCUAUGCCCUCUCCAUCCACACAACCUGCUAGGUCAGAACAUACCAAGGAAGCUGGACCUUUGCCACCCAUUCGCCCAUAUCAGUGUUAUGGCCGUAGUAAGAGAGCCGACAUAAGAGCAGAAAUUAUUGAACGUAUUCAUAGUUUGUUGGGCACGUAUGUACAUGGUGACAACCAGGCACUCUAUGACCUGAUGGACAACCUGCUACAGUCAAAGAAAUGGAGAAGCACAUUUGGAGAUUCUAGAAAGAAGGAAGAUGACAAGAUCACAAGUACAUUCCUCUCUUCAAUCGUCCAGGAGUAUCAAGAGUGCAAAAGAAAAGAAACAAACAGUGUUAUCAGGAAGCAAUCUAAAAAGCUUCAACAGGCUAUAAAAAUUUCUGGAACAAAGUCCAACAGCCACAUCGCCUUGCAAGGAAACACUCCUCAGUCUUUUAAAACACGAGUUGAUGCAGCCAAUAGCUUAGGCAGGCUCACCACGUAUUCAGCUGAAAGAAGGCGGCUCUUGUCAAUUGUUGCAGCAGACUAUCCACAAACAUUUCUCACAGAGAUUUUCAAGUGCUCAAAGAGUACAGUCACUGCUGCACGCAUUCACCAUAUUUUAUUUGGCAGAGGAGGAGUGCCACCUCAGUGCUUGAAGUUUACCCGUCAGUGUGUGUCACAGGACACUUUAGAUCAAUUGGCUGAGUUCCUUUUGCGUGAUGACAUAUCACGACCUUCAUCAUGUAGGAGUGUUGUAAUUGAUGGGAAGGAAUGCCCGGUACGCUACUGGCAAAGUUCAAUAAAAGAGGUCAUUCAGCAUUACUUGUUAGAGUUCCCAGGCAAUGUGAAAAGGAGUUACAUCUAUGCUCACAUCCCAAAGAACUUCCGCAGUAAUACAAUGCUGGCUGGUCUGUGUAAUUUGUGCGAGGACUAUGGAUAUUCCAAUUUUGCAAAUUUAAAGGCAUUUGUCCAGAAAUUGGGUGCUGAUUGUCCACAACAGGAAUUUGGUGGCACUGUGAAGAAGAUAACAGAUCUUCAAAGAUACCUCAAGACAAAAUUUUCACAUGAGGUACUUGCUUGUUUACCUACCUUGUUUAGUACUUUGGAUGUAUGCUGUGAACAUGAAUAUUACCCAGUAUUUUUAUACUGAGACCAAAAUUAUAAAAAAUGUUUUACAUUUCAAUCCCUUCUCACUUUUGGUAGAUUGUUUUACUUUUUGGAUACAGUAAGAAUAACAUGCUACAAGUUUACUGUCAGAAAGAUACCUGCUGAAUUUAUGCUGUAUGUGCAAAUGCUCCUUCUGUUGCAUUUUUAGAGUGUUUGCCAAGUCCAUUUUCUGAACAUACAAUGUAGUCAAUAGAAAGCUAAAGCAAGAUUAAAAUUAACUCUGUGCAGAUCGAUGUAAAUACUAUGACAGCUCUGUUGGUAUACACCUAGGAAAAUGUUCUAAAACAUAACCUCUGUUCAUAUCUGACCAGUACUUACAAGUACCAAGCUCAGGGUUGUUUUUCAUCUACUUCCGAGACAGGAAAGAAUGAUUCUAUGACAAAUGUCGCAUUAAUUGGUUGGUUAGUUAUAAAUUAUUUUUGACAGUUUUUUCUUUGUGCUUUUAUAUCAAGGCACAGACUCACAGCAGCUGCUUGGAACUGUGUAUGAGCCAUGCAUUUAGCACCUGCACACAAAGUCAUGAUCAGUGGUCUGCUGAAUUUGGCUUGUUUUAUGACAUUCAUUCCCUGGUGUCUGGUACUAUUGCCACAGCCCCCUCAGAGAAAAAAGCAGCCUUCUCAGAGCAGUUGGAAGAAAUGACAAGUACCUUCUGGGACUAUGUUGGACACUUGUUGAGGACAAAGCACCAAGGUGAUUACUACAGGUAAAAGACAUACUUUGAUCUCUUGAAGUGGGGAUUUGCUUCUAAGUUAUUAAUUGCCAACAUAUUUAUUUAUUGUGACCAUUUCAUCAUGAGGUACACAAUAUUUAUGUCUUGGGCAUUUUCUGACAUGUUGGAUCAGAAGUUUACUUGGCUGUGACUCUUCAAUAAUCAUUAUUUUUCUCUAGUCCUGUGAAUGCUUGCAAACUUCUCUAUGCUGGUUCCCUUUUUGCAAGAAAUCAUCAAACUUCUUGGACUGUUCCCUUUGCACUUUGGCAUUCGUACACUACUUUGCCAUCUUCAAAGUGAAUAUUGUUGGGAUAAGUUGAAAUUCUAUUAUUUUUUUCAGGUUCGUAUUGAAGAAUCUACAACCUGGUGAAGCUGUAGUCAUCAUAGAUUAUAAGAUGAAACUUGAAUUGGGCAUGCGUUCCAGGGAGAUCCAGCGGGACUGGUACGGGAAGCGUGGUAUUUCCCUUCAUGGCUUCUAUGUGAUAGCGCAAGUUGCUGUUGGUGAAAGGAGGAUUGAUGUGCUGGAUCUUUGGUGUGAAGACACCAAGCAAGAUGCCUGGUUUACCCAGUCUGCCCUUGAUGUUGGCUUUGCUUGGAUGGAAAAAGUGUUUCCGAACUUUCAAGUCUAUUUAUUUUCAGGUGCGUACAUGUACAUUUAUGGAAACAUAUUUUGUUUCUUAGUUAUCUUGUUUGAAAUUGUUUUCUUUUAACCCAAUAAACAUAUUGUCCUGCUUUCUUUCUGUGAAACUUUCUAAUAUGUUACAAUUUCAAUAUUUUGAGUUGUUUCCAGUCUUCAGUAUUUUAGAACAAAUAAUAAUUGAUGUACCAGAACUAUGAUUAGGUAGAACUGACCUUUGGUGUGCUCUAUGCAAGUCAUGUGAUAAAUGUAUAGUCAUAAAACAGCAUUGCCAUCAUGAAUGAAAAUAUGAUUAGCACUAUUCUGCUAUUCCAGCAAGUUUUGAGUACCUUCCAAAAGCGUUUUCAUCAAUUCGGCUUUUUUGAAGGCUUAUUUCUAAAUGUGCCAUCGCCUAUUUUUUUAAGAUAAUGGACCACACUACCACAACUCUGCUGUCCUCAUGUAUCUGGCUGAGGUUAACACUGCAUUUGCAUUAAAGCUUGUUGAAUACAACAACUUUGAAGCCGGCGAGGGGAAAACAGUUCUCGACACCCAUUUUGCACAUGUGUCCCACAAGUUAGUUCGUUGGGUUCGUGUUGGAAAUGACUUGGAAUCAGGGGAACAGUUAUCAGACCUGUUGGAGGUAAGGGAUGAUAUGGACUCUGUCGUAUUUGAACAUGUUGCAUCUUUUGUGUAGCAAUAUUCAUUGUGAUCCUGGUCAUUACUCCCCUGCCCCCCCCCACCUCCCUCCCUCCAUUUUGUUCUUGUUGUUGUGCUGUGGUUAUUUUUUGUUUUGGACUAGCCAUGGCACUUAUCUGAUCAAUCUCCUUUCCUUUAAAACACAUGUUCAUAAAUUUCCUUGCAUUGUAUUUCAGACUAUGAAGAAUGUCAGGUGUAAAAAGCUACUGAUUGACAGGUCAAAGGCCCCUGGAAAAGUGGGUACCCUCAAAGACAUAUCAUUGUUUGGCAAUUUCAAGUUUCCCUCUAACGGACCUUACAAGGGAGGGAUAAUAGCACAAUCUCUCGCUGGUGUUGGGAAAGUGCUCAGCAAAACAAAAGCCCAGGUCCAGACAAUUGCUCUGAGAAGUGUGCCAAUAGCAGGGGCUACAGGUGCUUCAACAACAGAUGAUGUCUUACGAUCUUCGGAUGAAAGAGUGGAUGGACAGGGUGAUGGAGGUGAUGCAUACUCUGUAAAGUUUAUACAGCUCAAUUCAGAUGACUCUGGAAAUGUUAACCUGACACCAAUGAACAGCAGUGUAAUAGUCAAUGCUGAUGACAGGCCAUCACCUGCAUUUGCCCUAAAAAAGGGUGGAGCUAAAAAAGUCACCUUCACAAAAGAGCAGAAAGACAUUAUGGCUGCUUUUUAUGAGAACCAGAGGACAUUGCAAAUCAGAGCAAAUCCUGCUGAUGUCAUUGAAGCCAUGAAGGCGGCUGGAGUUCCUACCUUAAAGGAAUCACAAAUAAAAAGCUGGUGGAGUACAUACCAUCGCAAACAAAAACAAAUAGCAGAGGACUUGAUGGAGGAAGCAAGACAUCUACGGUCACAGCAAGGUACUAUUUAUCACAUAUAAAAAUGAAUUUUUGUUUUAUAAGAACAGUUUUAUUUGUUUAUUUGUUUUUAUGUAAUAACAGGGAUAGUAUGUGUGCUCUGAUUGGUCAAAAGGCUAUCAUUAAAUUUGUUAUACCAGUAAACUCCUUGAAACAGAUAUUUAUUAAAUUAAAGCAGCAAACCUUAUUUAUAUCAGUUUACUAGUACAAAAACCCACACAGAAUGUUAGGAGAACACGAGGAAAGUUUGUACCUGUGUAUUGCUUAACUAAUGUUCUUAUUUGUUUAUAAUGGUACUUGUUUGUUUGCUUAAAAGGCAGAGAGACAGAUGGAACUGGCAACUGUCCAGACCUAGUUGGACAAGAGAAUUUACAAGAAGAAAGGGAAAGGGAAGCAUCAGAUUGUCCACCAGGUUCCAAUGUGAUCCCAACAGCAACAAACAUGCCUGCCUUAGCUACUUGUGCAACAAAUCCCCCACCACCCGCUUCAAGUCCACCACCACCUGGAAUACUAACAGCAGGCAUGAUUAAAGGAAAUCCCUCUUCAUAUGUAGCAGGUGUUGUGGAGUGGACUUUUGCUGAAUCACAGUCCAGUAUUCAAGGAAGAACAGGCAGCAAUGCUUGUGCCUUUAUAGCACUGAUCAUGGGGAAGAUGUGGAUAAAUGGGGGUUUGCUUUGGCCAAGAGAUGUCCUUCUUCCUGAGCCAUGGAAACAAUCAUUAUAUGAAGCAAUGAUCAAAGGCAACAAAAUUCAUGAUGAUCUAUUCGAUCAUCAAGCAGUUGAUCUGGAGGUGGAGGAUGCAGUUUCUCUGGCAGAUAACGAAUGUGGGGUGCAGAGUGUUGGUCAGCAAAUUGACAUAUUUGGUCUGAAUCCAGUUCAUCAGUUGGCUAAUUUCUUGAUUCAAGAGGCUCAGAAUAACAGAUCAAAAUCUUGUAGUGUAAUAAUGACGGAACGGCGUGCCAUGCUUUUAGCAGUGAACUCUGAUAGCUCUGCUAUGAUUGUUGAUUCCCAUAGUCAUGGAAAUGAUGGAGCCAUCAUAGCAUGCACUCAGCCAGGCUCUAUACAUCUCUUGGCUCAAUGGCUGGAUGCUUUGAUGAAUGACAUCUGGCAACAUUCACUAACUAUAGCAUCCAUUACAAAAGUUGUUUACUUUUAA